AAGUGUAAGAUGAGUAGACAAGGAGGCAAGGGAGCCUCAAUGGCCUCAGCCCUCAUUACCACUCUUGUAGUGUUGGCUGUGUCUCUUAGCUUACCACUAGAGACCACUGCACGCAACAACUACUCUCCUUCACCCCCCAAGAAAUCUCCCCCUCAUUCCUCGCCUCCUCCCCACAUCAAGUCUCCACUAACACCACCACCACCACCAAAGGAGCUUUACAAAUCUCCACCACCCCCAUCAGUCCACAAAUAUCCUCCACCACCACCACCACCAAAGGAGCUUUACAAAUCUCCACCACCCCCAUCAGGCCACAAAUAUCCUCCACCAUCCCCAGUCUACAAGUCUCCUCCACUGCCACCUAAGGAGCACCAUAAACCACCUACUGAGCACCACAAACCACCCACUGAACACCACAAAUCUCCUCAUUCUCCUCCAGAACCACCAAAGGAGCACCACAAACCACCCACUGAGCAUAACGAGCACCACAAACACCACCACAAAUCACCCACUCAUGAGCAUCAUAAAUCUCCUUGGUCACCACCUAAGGAACACUACAAACCACCCACUGAACACCACAAUUCUCCUCCACCACCAAAGGAACACCACAAACCACCCCAUGAGCACCACAAGCACCCACUACCAUCACCGCCUAAGGUGCCCUACAAGCACAAGUCUCCACCGCCAAAGGAGCACCACAAACCACCCCAUGACCACCACGAGCUUCCACCAGUGCACAAAUACCCACCACCAUCACCUCCUAAAGCGCCCUACAAGUCCAAGUCUCCCCCACCUCCUCCCACUCCAGUCUACAAAUACAAGUCUCCUCCUCCACCAACAAAGGAGCACCACAAACCUCCACCAUUGCACAAGUACCCACCACCAUCACCUCCUAAGGCGCCUUACAAGCCUCCCACUCCAGUCUACAAGUUCAAAUCGCCGCCACCACCACCACAUGUUUAGCAUUACACUUCACCUCCUCCUCAUAUUUACUAAGAAGGCUUAUAGACAAAAAUGGAGAGCAGUUGUUAGGAGGAUGGAGUUAACCGAGUAAAAAGUAGGGUUUCUAAUCUUCUUCGUCAGAGAAGGAAAGAGAAUUAAUGUACUUUGUGUGAUUCUUGUUCUUGAGAUAAUUUAGUAAUAAUAAUUGGAGAAAAGGCCAGGUUGGGAAAAGGAAGAAGAAGAAGAAGAAGAGAGAGAAGAUCUAUCACUUUUCAUGUAAAUCGUGCAACGCAAUGUACUGGAAAACAUGUUUGUGCUUGGGCCGUGAGCAUCUAUGCAUUUUUUUUUUU